AAAAAUUAAAUUUAAUAAAUUAAUGGCAACUUUAUUUAAUUCAGUACAAUUCUCUUCAUUUAUCUCAUUUACAUUUUUAAUUAUUUUAAGCAGCGUUUCUGCUUAUUAUCCAGUUUACAAUUUUGACGAAAACAAAAACGAGGCUGUAGAUACAAUAUUAACACGUCCCCAAAAUCUCUACCGACGUUUUGCUCCAAUGGCAAGAGGGGCAUUUGUUAGCCCCCUUUUUGGUUAUCGUUUUCUUUCUUUGGAUCCGCCAUCUAAUACUUUACAAGAAGAGCCUGAAAUUAAUGAAAAUACCGAGAAAGUCAACAAAAAUGAUAUAUUAGAUAACCCAAAAUCUUCUUCUUUAUCAUCACAAACUUCUUCCAAAUCUUCUAAUAAAUAUGAUCAACUAUUUUUAGGAUCGCCAACUAAACGAAAUUUUUAUACGCAUAUUUGGCGUGAUAUUGUACAAAGAAUGCCUGCUUAUCGAGAGAAUGAUGGUCGUAGACUUUUUCAAUCUGUUGAGCGAGAUGGACCAUUAGCUAAACGUAACCCAACUGAUCGUAUGCAUGCAAUGCGUGUUGGCUAA